GGCUGUGGAGUCCCUGCAAAAAUGGGGUUUGUGGGUGAACUCGCCCUUGAUUGUGUGCGGCACCGCAAAUGCAACAUUUCCAAUUGAUACGUAUAUAAUGAGGGGUAAAAACGGAGGUGGGAAAUGUCACAUUUGUUGUUGAGUAACAUUCAUAUUUAUUUCCUGAUUUCUUGAUACAACAUGAUCACUAGCACCAGAAAGCUCACGGGAAAGGAUGACAUCACCAAUUUAGAUAUUCAACCCACGGAAGAUGUCAAUUCUUUGAAGCAUGGCGAAAUUGCUGUGGGAAAUUGGGGAUCCGAGACGAAAAGAGAAUUCAAAUCAAGACAUCUCAGUAUGCUUGCUGUGGGAGGGACAAUAGGGCAUUGUAACGUCGCUGCAAUCUGCAUUCAAAACCCCAUCUCAUUAUGGGCAUUGCUUCAUGUUUCGGGUGGUAAUAUCACCAUCUAUCUCGACGCAAAUUUCUACUUUUUAAAUAAGAAUUGAACUUACAGUUGUAAUUUACUGGACUAUUUCUCAUCUCUGGGGCUACGAUAUCAACAGCUGGGCCUGUUGGAGCUGUGAUUUCGUUCAUUAUAUCUGGUAUAUUUGUGUAUUUAGUUGUGGCUACAAUUGGUGAGAUUGCGACCAUAUUUCCAGUUUCUGGAUCGUUCGCAGCAUUUGGCGACAGGUUCUUUGACCCGGCUCUUGGUUUUGCCCAAGGAUGGUCAUAUUGGUUUCUUUGGGUUCUUACUUUGCCGGCUGAACUGUCUUCAGCAGGUAUCAUCAUAAGUUAUUGGCUACCGGAUAUUGGAACUUGGGUGUGGGCCUUGGUAUUUCUUGUCGUAAUCGUUGUCAUAAAUCUCUUCGGAGUUCGAUGGUUUGGAGAAGCAGAAUUCUUCUUCAGUUUUCUGAAGGUCCUCGUUGUUAUCAUAUUUAUUAUCGUUGGUUUGGUACUCAACGGCGGUGGAAUACCAGGCCACAAAGCUAAAGGGUUCGAUUACUGGAAAUCUUCGACAGAAGGUGCCCCUUUUGCGGCAGGGUGGCCCGGUGUUUUGUCUGCUCUAUGUACGGCUUUCUUGAGUUAUGGAGGCACGGAGUUAGUUGGCUUGACUGCUGGCGAGGCCAAGAACCCACGUAGAGAUGUCCCAAGAGCUAUCAAGGGAACCGUUGGGCGGAUUUUACUUUGUUAUGUUGGAUCUAUCUUUGUCAUUAGCAUCAACAUCAAGUCCACUGACCCCUCACUCCUUACAACAUCUGCUACAGAAAUUGCAGCUUCUCCUUUCACACUUGUGUUCAAAGAUGCAGGUAUUGCUGCCGCUGCUAGUAUUAUGAAUGCUGCUAUUCUUAUCGCUGUAGUCAGUGCCGGUAAUACUAGUGUCUAUGCUAGCUCUCGUAUACUUUUUGCUCUCGCAAAGAAUGGACAAGCACCGAAAAUAUUCGCUACCACAUGGAAAGGUAAUGGAGUUCCGUUGUCAGCUAUGUGUGUCAGUGUUUUGAUAGGUUUUGUCGCAUUCUUUGGUUCAAUAUUUGGACAGGGAGUUGUGUUUACCUGGCUUUAUAAUUUAAUCGCAAUUUGUAAUCUUUUAAUCUACAUGUCUCAAUGUCUCGUACAUAUUCGAUUUCGUCUCGGUUGGGUCCAUCAAGGGAAUAGUUUGUCUGACCUUCCGUUCAAAGCGGGAAUUUUCCCAUAUACAUCCAUAUUUGCUUUUCUCAUGGGGUGUUUGAUUGUCGCUGGGGAGGGUUAUGUAGCUGCAACUACAAGACCAUUUGCUUGGGCCAAUAUCGUCGCUACUUAUAUCGGCAUUCCCGUCUUCUUCAUUUUGUAUGGUAUUUGGAAAGUGGCUAAGAAGACAAAAUUAGUCCCGUACUCGGACAUGGACUUUCAGACGGGAAGAUCUCAGCCACCGAGUGAUGAGGAGAUAGCAGCUCUUAAUGAGUUGGAAAGAACGGAUGUGAAGACGUGGAAGGAAUUGGGUGCUCGGGGUCGAGCUUUGAAAGUUGGUAGGGCUGUUCAUAGGGUUGUUUUUUGAUGUGUAGAUAGGGUAAAAACCUUGAUUUUUAGAUCGGUACUUGGUUGUUGUUGAACGGACUUGACGAUUUAGAUAUUUGGCUGAGACAGGUAUUACUGAUAAAGUAAUAUUAUUGGUUAAUCGUGAUGGAUUAAAUCUAAUCCUUGCAACA